GUUCAGACUUGAACAAGCUGACCGUGGAGUCGGGGUGAACCUCUUCCGGGUGACACCUGCGUGAAAGAGCCACAGUGAGCAUAUUUUUGAUCUGAAACAAACUGCGACCAAACACGCACCGCCUUUCGCUAUCUUGAAGGAGGCCCUGGGUGUGUCAGCACUUUGUUUCAGGCAUAAAACCCCUCACUGGUAGUCGGAUACCGACAGUCAAUUGUUACACAAAGACAAGAUGACCACUCUCACUGCUAAGGACAAGCAAACAGUCAAAGACUUCUGGGCUAAAGUGUCUGGAAAGUCCGAGGACAUCGGCGCCGCUGCUGUAGCCAGGAUGCUGGUGGUGUACCCACAGACCAAGACUUACUUCUCCCACUGGCAGGACCAGAGCCCCAACUCUCCUAAUGCCAGGAAGCACGGAGUAACUGUGAUGAUGGGAGUUGGAGACGCUGUGACCAAAAUCGAUGACCUGAAAGCAGGUCUCAUGGAACUCAGUGAGCUGCAUGCCUUUACUCUGCGUGUGGACCCUGCCAAUUUCAAGAUUCUCUCCCACAACAUCCUUGUGGUCAUGGCCACCAUGUUCCCCAACGAAUUCACCCCUGAGGUUCAUGUGUCUCUGGACAAGUUCCUGGCUGCUGUGUCUCUGGCCCUGUCUGAGAAGUACCGAUAAACAGCAGGAGGAGAACAAGGAGACUGCAGCAUGAUAUUACAAUGCAUUGCAUCGUGAUUAAUAAAUGCAUGAAAAAAGAAAAGCAAUUGCUGUUUUUUGUUUGUGUGUUAUGAACAUGUCGGUUAUGUCAGAGUAAAUCUCAACUACAGCACAAAGCAGACUUUAUAGUCAAUCAAAAGAAACUCAAAAGGAAACCACU